AUGGCUAAUUAUUAUUUUUUACAGACUAAUUAAACUUUUUAAAACAACUGACCCAAACUUGAUAGUUUUUGUCUUUUUUUAAAUUUAUUUUUAAAGAAAAUCUCCCCGGGAGUCUGCAGGCUUGGACUCCGCAACGAAUGUUUCCUCUUAUCGAUCAAUCGAGUGAUCCUCGUUCUUCCAGUCGAUGGCGGCGAGAGAGGGACGGGAGGAGAUGGCGGCGACGAAGCCAGAGGUUGUGAGGAAGGCGGAGAGGCUGGUGGUUUCGACUAUGGGAGGGCGGGACGCCUCCCACGACGCGGCCCACGCCUUCCGCGUCCGCGACCUGGCCCUCUCCCUCGCCAAAGAAGAGGGCUUGGAUUCCUCCCCUCGAAGCUUGGAGAUAGUCGAACUGGCUGCUCUUCUCCAUGACAUAGGAGAUUACAAGUACACCAAGGAUUUGGUCGAGGAUACUACAAUUGUGGAGAAGUUUCUUGAGGUAGAGGUGUUGGAGGAAAGCAAAAGGGAGAAGAUACUGGGGAUCAUAAAAGGAAUGGGUUUCAAAAAUGAAGUUGCACAGUUAUCAUUCGUCAACUCUUCCGUUGAACUUGGGGUUGUACAAGAUGCUGACCGUCUUGAUGCAAUUGGUGCUAUUGGAAUUGCUCGAUGCUUCACAUUUGGUGGAAGCACGAACCAAAUACUGCAUGAUCCUGAGAUAUUACCACGACAGGGUUUAUCAAAGGAAGCAUAUAUGAAGAAAGAGGGAAAGCAGACUACAAUUAAUCAUUUCCAUGAGAAACUUUUCAAACUGAAGGAUUUGAUGAAGACAAAGGCUGGUAAAGAGAGGGCAGAGAGGAGGCACAAGUUCAUGCAGGAUUUCUUAGCAGAGUUCUAUGAUGAAUGGAGUGGCAGGGCUUGAAUUGUAUUCUCCAUACCUUUCCACAAGUAUCUAGUAUUCUUCCACCACUUUUGAGGUUUAAAUAAUCAAGCAGUCAAACUUUACAACUGUUUCUGUUUGCCUGUCAAACUCUUUGUUGAUUCACUGGCUAUUUGUUUAUCAAGGAUCUGUUUAUUGUUGAAUCCUAUUACUUGAUCAUCUAGCAAACAUUUUUUCUUUUGCACCGUAUGUAGUUAUGUGCUUUUAACAGUAAUAUCUUAAACAAUGAUGUGUAAAUCUAUCUUUAUUGACA